CGCCGCUCGGCUCCGGCUCCAGCCCCGGCUCCCGCGAGCUGCGCGCGGGCCCGCGCGAUGGCAGCGGCCGAGCGGGGCUGAACCCGCCGCCCGCGCCCGCAGCCGGCCCGCCGGCCCCGCGCCAUGGCGAAGCAGUACGACGUGCUGUUCCGGCUGCUGCUGAUCGGGGACUCCGGCGUGGGCAAGACCUGCCUGCUGUGCCGCUUCACCGACAACGAGUUCCACUCGUCGCACAUCUCCACCAUCGGUGUUGACUUUAAGAUGAAGACCAUAGAGGUGGAUGGCAUCAAAGUGCGAAUACAGAUUUGGGACACAGCGGGCCAGGAGCGCUAUCAGACCAUCACAAAGCAGUACUAUCGUCGGGCCCAGGGAAUAUUUUUAGUCUAUGACAUCAGCAGCGAGCGCUCUUACCAGCACAUCAUGAAGUGGGUCAGUGAUGUGGAUGAGUAUGCACCUGAAGGUGUCCAGAAGAUCCUGAUUGGGAACAAGGCCGACGAAGAGCAGAAACGGCAGGUGGGGAGAGAACAGGGUCAGCAGCUGGCGAAGGAGUACGGCAUGGACUUCUAUGAAACAAGUGCCUGUACCAACCAAAACAUCAAAGAGUCUUUCACGCGGCUGACGGAGCUGGUGCUGCAGGCCCAUCGCAAGGAGCUGGAGGGUGUCCGGACACGGGCCAGCAACGAGAUGGCCUUGGCAGAGCUGGAGGAGGAGGAGGGCAAACCUGAGGCCCCAGCGAAUUCUUCAAAAACCUGCUGGUGCUGAGGGUCCUGCGAGGAGCAAACACACCGGCCCCAUCCCGCCAGGAGCCUGUGGCAGAGAGGGGGCGGGGCUCUGCCUGGUCCUCCCUUCACUGUCAUGCUGCUACUCCCCACCUUGCCCCAGAGCAGCUCUGCCCCACACCCUUCCCACCCAGAGCCUGUCCUACAGCCUGCUCUGCCCCCCAAGUGUGCUGCGAGCCGAGGCCCGAGCUGCACCGACAGUUUGCGUGCCAGCUUGGCGCUUCUCAGUGAGUCUUCUCUCCCCUCCACCGCUGGUUUGUGUCCAAGCCCCUGGCCCACUCCCUGUGUCCUGCUGGGUGGCCGCCUGUGCAGCGCCUUCCUUCCUUCCUUCCUUCCUUCCUUCCAGCCCCAUCCGAGCCAGCUGACCGGGGCUCUUGGGGCUCUCCCAGACUCUGCCCUGCUUGGGGGCAGGGCGGGAUCCAAGGUGACAGGGUGCUUCUCCCCGUCCCGCCCUCCCCACCAUCCCCAACGAUCUAGGAAAGAGGAUCCUGGAGGGAGGAAGGAACUUCCAUGUCGGGGCUCCUUGGACCUGGGGCUGUGGUCCUGUUCCCUGCCACACCCCAGCUUUGGCCCCGUUUGGCUGCCUGCCCACCUGCUUCUCGGGGGACCUGUGCUCGGAGAGGAAUAAUAAAUGACGAGGGGUGGCUGGGGUCAAGUCACCUCCAUUCUCUACCUCCCACUCAGUGAACACACACCAUUUCUCCCCUCCUGGGCUGCCUGCUGUGUUACAACACAGCCCGAGGCCGGAAGGCCUGGCAGGGACCCAGGGGUGCCCCUGGGGGAUGAGACUGGUGAGCUCAGAACACAGCACAGGAAGGCAGGAGUCUUUGGACACGGAGGCCCAGUACCUGUCAGGUGAGAGGCGCGAGGCUGCAGCCAGGGCUGGCUAGCUUAAGGGCAGAUGUGGCAGCUGGCUUCCAGGCCCCCGUCUUUCAUGUCUAAGGUAAGAGGCUGCCCUCUGUGUCUUCCGAAGUGCGGCCUCCAGCUCUCAGGGCUGUCCUGAGGACAGGGAGUGGGGAGAAGAGCAAGGACAGUUGCAAGGCCAGCGUGGUGCAGCCCCACCUCCAAGCCCAUCUUUUUCCAAAAGCGCCAAGAGCGCCUCCAGCCUCUCAGCUCCAGCAGGGGCCUGACCACGGCUUGUGCCCCCUCCACAGCUCUGUGCUCCGGAGCAAGCAACAAGGGGUUCCCCCGGAGAGAGGCUCAAAGGAGGCCCUCUCAGGCAGGAGCACCUCCGUGCCCCCAGGAGCAUCCCUCUUGGGUGGCAUGUGAGCUACAGAGCCCGGCCGGGGCUGGAGUUGAGACAACCCCCCAGGCCCCAGCGGUCAGCAUACAGGAUCCAGGGACCCAAGUCCACAUAGGAUAAGGCUCCAGAGCCCCAGGGGCUGGGGGUGAAAUCACUGAGCCAGGGAGGGAAGCGCAGGAUGGAGGGAGCAUGUGAGGAGGGGGAGCCCCAGAGUAGAGGGUCGGGGCUAGUUUAGACACGUGCUGGUCUUGGGUGUUGGGACUCUUGUGUGACACCCCCAUCCCCGGGAAAGGGCUGUUAUGGGGUAGGGCACCCACCUGUGGAUCAGCCCUGCAGUCUUCCCUGGGCCUGGCGGGCAAGGUGUGUGCCUGCAACCCUGAGGUUCCGGAAGGAAGAGCACCAGUGUCGGGGCCUGGUGGACCCCACGGACGGGGGCCACAGCUGAGGGAUGGUGGGAUCACCACAGGGCACAGAGGCAGGGUGCAGCUGUGCCUAUAGGGUCCCAGGCUCUGCCUGUUGCUGCUGACUUCUCCAGUCGAAAGGUGGCCUGGGCCAUGACUCAGGCCUCCUGCCUGUCCUCUCCGUACUGCACCUGCUGCCCAGAUGGACACUGACCCCAACCUGGGCUGCCACCUGCCUUCAGCCCCCUCCCAGAGAAGGGUAGACUGUGGCUCGGCUCCAGCCCCUGCCCUGUGAGCAGGCUCCUCUGUUAUAACCAGAUGUUUACAGAAUAAAGACAAUUUCCAACCA